AUGAACGACGCGACGAAUUCUCUGCUCGCUGAGCACUUUAGCUAUACACCUUUGUCUCUCAUAGAUGACGUUAUCAACUCCAUCAACAAUUUGAUAUAUCAGGCCAUCUCAAGUCUUGAAUCUGGCCUGCUCUCAACCCCCCCAGAACGAUUGGGCUUUUCUCACGCAAAUAACGGUUCCACCAUCCCCGACACCGAUGAGGAUGGCAACGUUGUUUAUCCCGAGGCGCGACUGGAGAUUGAAAAUGGAUUGCAUCAAUUAGAGACGCUUCUCGAGGCUACCGUCGACAAGGCAUUCGAUAAGUUUGAAAUUAUCGUGUUGCGAAACACGUUCAGGGUGGAAGAUGACCUACUGGGGUGGAUUCGGUUGAAUCAUUAUCAGAACCUCGACCUCAGUCCUCCUCCAAACACGCCAACUCCCGAGACAAUCCAGGCUCAGCGCAAAAAGCUCCAAGAGACUAAGAAACUCAACCGAUCAAUGAAAGAAGAGUGCGCCCGAAAUGAUGCGAUUAUCUCUCAGCUACGGUCUAUUUUGUCGACUGUGGGUCCAACCCAGACGGCCAAUCCGGCCAAGUUGGAGGGUGAGCCUGAAAUGCCUGCGCCGUCUAGCAGCAAAGACCUGGAUCUAUCGUUCUUGACAGCCAGCCCCGCUGCUCAGCAACUGCGGGUCGGUGUCGCGGGUUCUACCACCCAACAUACGCCCCUCACGACGAACACGACUUUCAUCGUAUCUCAACUCCCUGCGCUCAAGACGAUGCUUGCACAGCUCCGGCCCAAGUUGGCCGCGCUGCCGAAAUCGGUGGAUCUUGCGAAGGAGUCCAAGGCUGAUGAGAGAAGGGAAUACAUUGAAAGCCGGAUUAGACUGCACCUGGAGCGAGCCGGGCAACUUGCCGUGGGCAGUGACGGCAACCCGGUGAUCGCAGGACGAAAGAUGAACAUUACAGAAGCACAGGCACUUGAGGCCGUGACAGGGUUGCUAAGCCAGGGCGACAAAAAGUCCGACUAA